AUUACUGUUGUAGUGAUUUGAGUCUGUGUGUGUAUGUCGCCAUUAUUUUAUCAACUGUGUAGACCUCGGUUCAUAGUAACCUAUUGCUUUAUAAUUGUGAUAUAAAAAAAUGAUUUCAUUUCGAUUGUUUUUUUUUCUCCAACAUAGGACUUUGAUAUUUUUGUAACAACUACAGUACUAUAGUAUCUAGUUAGCUAACGUGAACUGUUUCUCGCUAGCUUGGCUGACUGACGGACUGGCCAUCCAGCUAGGGACAAGGCUUGCAAAAAUCUAGCAUAAUCUGUCAUUUUUAUUUUAACAGCAAUUCGGCGUGUUAAGUAGUUGGUGAGGUUAGUUAACUAACUGUCAUCUUGCCUUUUGGUUAGCUAAUAUCCUCAAGACGGCAGAUCACGACAUUAUAGUUACGUUAACCGGCGGUGGCUACAUAGCUAGCUGACUAGCGGAUAUAACUAGCUACAGUAGCUUGUUAGCAAAUCGUAUUUCCACAAGGAUUUGAAAGAAGUUAGUAGUUGGAGUCUACUGAUACGGCGCUGACAACAUCAUUCAGGUUUGCAAGUAGGUGGCCGAGCUUGACAAGAUGUCAGAGGGAGAAGGGAAGCAGGUGUUGGACUCUGUCCAGGAGGGGAAACCAGAGUCUAUUGUCGCUGCCCCCACCGGUCAGAGUGUGUCAUCCGUGUCCCCCCCAGUGUCCACUGUGACUCAGCCCCCUGCGACAGAGGACGAGGAAGAGGAGAGCGAGGACGAGUCAGAGAUUCUGGAGGAGAGCCCGUGUGGACGCUGGCAGAAACGCAGAGAGGAGGUGAACCAGCGCAAUGUCCCUGGGAUUGACAAUGCCUACCUGGCCAUGGACACAGAGGAGGGUGUGGAGGUGGUGUGGAAUGAGGUCAUGUUCUCAGAGCGGAAGAACUUCAAGCUGCAGGAGGAGAAAGUCAAAGCGGUGUUUGACAACUUGAUCCAGUUGGAGCAUCUGAACAUUGUCAAGUUUCACAAAUACUGGGCUGAUGUGAAGGAAAAUAGGGCCAGGGUCAUUUUCAUCACAGAAUACAUGUCUUCAGGAAGCCUGAAGCAGUUUCUGAAAAAGACCAAGAAAAACCACAAGACAAUGAAUGAGAAGGCCUGGAAGCGCUGGUGUACACAGAUACUGUCUGCUCUCAGCUACCUGCACUCCUGUGACCCUCCCAUCAUCCACGGCAACCUGACCUGUGACACCAUCUUCAUCCAGCAUAAUGGCCUCAUUAAGAUUGGCUCAGGUGGGUCAGUGGCCCCAGACACCAUCAACAACCACGUCAAGACGUGUCGGGAGGAGCAGAAGAGCCUGCACUUCUUUGCUCCUGAGUAUGGAGCUGUUGCAGACGUCACCACUGCAGUGGACAUUUAUUCCUUUGGAAUGUGUGCCUUAGAGAUGGCUGUACUGGAGAUCCAGAGCAACGGCGAGUCGUCGUAUGUGUCCCAAGAAGCCAUCAACAGUGCCAUUCAGUUCCUGGAGGAUCCGCUGCAGAGGGAGUUCAUCCAGAAGUGUCUGGAACAGGACCCCAGCAAGCGGCCCACGGCCAAAGAGCUGCUGUUCCACCAGGCCCUGUUCGAGGUGCCCUUACUGAAGCUGCUGGCAGCGCACUGCAUCGUCAGCCACCAGCACAUGAUUCCAGAAAAUGCUCUUGAGGACAUGACGAAGAACAUGGACCUCAACCUGGUGAUCGUGGAGGUCAAGGACGGAGUUCAGAUGAAGCUUUCCCAGUUCCCUGCUCUUGAGCUGGACAAGUUCCUGGAAGAUGUGAGGAAUGGGAUCUACCCGCUGACAGCUUUUGGGGUGCCCGGCCCCAAGCAGCCCGAGCAGGAAGCAGUGAAGUCCCCCAUCGUGCCCCCAUCAGUCAAAAGCCCCACCCCCGAGCCUGCAGAGCUGGAGACCAGGAAGGUCCUACAGAUGCAGUGCAACAUCGAGCCUGUUGAUGAGGGCGCCAAACAUCACCUUACGCUGUUGCUGAAACUUGAGGACAAGUUGAACAGGCACUUAAGUUGUGAUUUGUUACCAAAUGAGAAUGUGCAGGAGCUGGCCGUGGAGCUCGUUCAGCUGGGAUUCAUCAGCGAGGGCGACCAGCCACGACUCGCUUCGGUUCUGGAAGAGGCCUUCUCUAAGUUCUACAGCCGGAACGGAUUCUUGAAUCCGGUCACCGUCUCCUCAUAGCAGAGGAGCCUCUCCUCAACCACUCCCCCCGUCAUCAUCCUCUCACACAGGACUUUGCUGUCGCUCACAAAAAAAUUAUUGUGGGAAAGCUUUGCAGGGACAUGGGGAAGCCUGUCCCUGUCCCACCCCCCACUAGGUGUUUUAGUAUUUUUGUACUUAUGCUUCUAGUAUAUUUUGUGUAGCCAUUUGCUUCUGUUUUAAAAGAAAAAACGACUCGUUGUCACUUUAGUCAGUAUUAUGAGCUAUAUUUUGAAAAUUAAGGAGUUUUUACACAACUAUCAGAAUUUUCAGUCUGUGAACGACAAUAUCUUCGGUCUCACGUAUUCCGAUGUACUUAUGCAUGGUGCUGUGUGUGGGCGGAGUCUGGUUGUGAUUGGUCCUCUUCUCUACUUUCUCCCAGCAAAUGAGGCGUCUUCCUUUGAUGUGAGUGUGAUGCCCCCCCCCCCCCCCCCCAACUUCCUUUUGUAUUAUCAGAAUGAGAUGUAGCUGUAGUUAUGACGACACCUUUACCUGAGCUCAGGUGGGGAGUGGGAGAGCUGAUUGCAGUCCAAAUGUUGGGAUGAUUAAUAAGUUAUUUAUCAAUACGGUCUGUCAUGAACUUUCAGCACGGAGCCGGUUGGUUCUUUUAGUGAAUGUUUAGUUCAUUAGGAUCCCCAGUAGUUGUUGCCCAUGCAGCAGCUACUCUUACCUGGGGUCCACAUACAAAUGUGUCAAUUUUAAUUAUUCUAUGAGAAGGAACUUUGUCACUCGACUGUUUCUUACACUCUAACGUUUUAUUUUGCAAAUGUUAGAAAGUGGUCAUGCAUUUUCUCCAAUUUUAUGUUUUGGUGCCAUUUCAGACACAGUGAAACAGUAUUCAUGUAAGGACCUCUGGUUUACACUUUAAGACUAUUGGUUUACCUCAAUAGUCACAUUCCUUAACAAAUAAAUUGACUCAUAACGUG